GCCGCCAUUUUGUUUCGCGUUCCAACCUAAGAUGGCAACUGUGCGAAGAGAGUGAAGGUUGCCGCCGCCGGGUAAGGGUUGUCUCGCCGAAUGUCUCCGCUCCCGUAGGGUUCCUCCCCACCGGGGGCCGCCCUCACCCGUCCCCCGCCCCGGGGCCGAUCUAGGUCCGUGGGGGCGGAACCGGUCCAUGGCCAGGAGGCUGCCGACGCGUUCACCUCGGCCUCCGUCGCCAUGGACCUGCGCACGGCUGUGUAUAACGCGGCCCGCGAUGGGAAGCUAAAGCUGCUACAGAAACUGCUGGGCAGCCGCAGCAGGGAGGAGCUGGAGGCGCUGACAGCAGGGCCUGGUGGAGGUGACGGCCCCGGGGGUGGGAGCACUCCGCUGCUGAUCGCUGCCCGCCACGGACACCUGGAAGUGGUGGAGUACCUCCUGGAUCACUGUGGGGCCCGUGUGGAAGAGGGUGGAUCUGUCAACUUCGAUGGAGAAACCAUCGAGGGGGCCCCGCCGCUGUGGGCUGCAUCUGCUGCUGGGCACCUGGGGGUGGUGCGCAGCCUCUUGGAUCACGGUGCCUCAGUGAACCAGACCACGCUGACCAACUCCACGCCGCUGAGGGCUGCCUGCUUUGAUGGGCACCUGGAGAUCGUGCGCUACUUGGUUGGAGAGCGAGGGGCUGACUUGGAGGUAGCAAACCGGCAUGGACACACUUGUUUGAUGAUUUCUUGCUACAAAGGGCACCGGGAGAUUGCACGUUACUUGCUGGAGAAAGGGGCUGAUGUCAACCGCCGGAGUGUGAAGGGGAACACAGCCCUGCAUGACUGUGCAGAGUCAGGCAGCCUGGAGAUCCUGCAGCUUCUGCUCCGCUCCAAAGCCCGCAUGGAGAAAGAUGGCUAUGGCAUGACUCCUCUGCUGGCUGCCAGCGUCACCGGGCACACCAAUAUUGUAGAGUAUCUCAUCCAGGGAGGACUGCAGCAGGAGGAAGAGGAUGUUGCAGGGAACCAAAAUGAUACCUUUGCUUUGGGUGGAAGCCAUCAGAGGUGCUGCAGUGCUGGUCAGAAAACUUGUGAGGGCUGUAACAAAGAGCAGCAUGAGAGAUGUUCUGCCUCAGCUUCCACUCAGGAUGACCAGCAGGUUCCUAAUGUGUUCUGCACUCGAGAAGCUGCUGUGGAAGCACUGGAGUUGCUAGGUGCCACAUUUGUGGAUAAGAAACGUGACCUUUUGGGGGCCCACAAGUAUUGGCGAAGGGCAAUGGAGCUUCGAUAUGAGGGUGGGCAGUACCUGCCUAAACCCGAACCACGGCAGCUGGUGCUGGCAUACGACUAUUCACGAGAAGUAAGUUCACUGGAAGAGCUAGAAGCCUUGAUCACUGAUCCAGAUGAGAUGCGCAUGCAGGCACUGCUCAUUAGGGAGCGCAUCUUGGGUCCUUCACACCCAGACACUUCCUAUUACAUCCGCUAUCGAGGAGCCGUCUAUGCUGACUCAGGCAAUUUUGAACGCUGUAUUAACCUCUGGAAGUAUGCUCUUGACAUGCAGCAAGGCAACCUGGAGCCUCUCAGCCCUAUGACUGCCAGUAGUUUCCUUUCCUUUGCUGAGCUUUUCUCUUAUGUGCUUCAGGACCGCUCCAAAGGCACUUUAGCUACUCAUCUGGGCUUCUCUGAUCUUAUGGGAGUACUGAGCAAAGGUGUCCGGGAGGUAGAGAGAGCACUUAUGCAUGGCAAGGAUCCUGUAGUUGACUCAGCACAGUUCACCAAGACACUGGCCAUUAUUCUCCACCUGGUCUUCCUGCUGGAGAAGGUGGAGUGCACCCCAGAGCAGGAGCACCAGAAGCGCCAAACUAUCUACCGCCUGCUGAAGUGCAACCCUCGAGCCAAGAAUGGCUUUACUCCUUUGCAUAUGGCUGUGGACAAAGAUACCACAACAGUGGGACGCUACCCAGUGGGCAAGUUCCCAUCACUCCAUGUUGUUAACUUGCUUCUGGAGUGUGGGGCUGACCCAGACAGCCGUGACUAUGACAACAAUACCCCGCUGCAUGUUGCUGCUCGCAAUAACUGCCCACUGAUCAUGAGUGCCCUGAUGGAGGCUGGAGCCCAUAUGGAUGCCACCAAUGCCUUCAAGCAGACCGCUUAUGAGCUAUUGGAUGAGAAGCUGCUCACCAAGAGCAUGAUGCAGCCUUUCAAUUACAUCACCCUCCAGUGCCUUGCUGCUCGUGCUCUGGACAAGCACAAGAUUCCCUACAAGGGCUUCAUCCCUGAGGAGCUGGAAGCCUUCAUUGAACUACACUAGAGUGGGAGAGCUGAACUCCCAAGCCUUUCCUGGCACUUAUUUUGCCCCCAGGAGGUAGCGCAGCCUGAAAUCUCAGGCCAUCUUUGUCUAGGUGUCAAAGGCUGUUGUGCUGAGAUGGGCUGCAAGCUUUAUCCUUACCUGUCAUGGUCAAGCUGGCGUGUGUGGGGGUAUGGGAAGAGAAGGCUCAAAAGCUCAUGGCUGUCUUUCAUUGCCACCUUCAGGUAGUAGUUAUCUCUGUAGAGCACUGUAUCCAGAGAAGGCUGCAACCCCUGCCCUUUCACAUACAAACCAUCUUUUCCUGAGGAGGAAGGAAAAUGGAGAUCCCUGGGAACUGCUGCCUUUCCCAUUAGUGCUGAAUUAACACAGCAUUAAGCUUUGGAGCAGCUACAUGUCACAUAUGCACUCUAGCUUUUUCCAUCCCAAAUACUGAACAGUUAGGAAUGCAAGAGGGGAAUAAAUUAUUUUCCAGCCAGUUAUUUCCCUGCCCCCCUCCUCAGACUUGAUACAGUACUGGUCUAAUGGCAAAGUGGCUUAUUCUCUGCUGAGGUAGUUGCUUUGCAUGACAGUAGGGCUGGGUAUGCUGAUUUUUUUUUGUUGUUGUUUUUCUUUAGUUGGCCGUGUAGGAAGUGAUGUUAAAGGCCUGAGAUUUCAAUGAUUGUGCAUAAACAUGGGUUAUUUUUUCUCUUUUAGAGCCAGGCCCUAUCUAUGCUGCAAGACUACUUCAAUCCAGUAAGAUAUAGUAAGGUCAGUUCUGGUUACAGUUUCAUUAGUAGAUAUUGAUAUGAAUGGAGAAGAAAACCUCUAACCUCAGAAACAGAAUGCUAAUGUGAAGUUCAAGCUUUUGCCUUGCCCAUUCUGCACAUAUUAACUCCCUUCCCCAAAUGGGGUCCUUCAGCUCCAGAGCUCAGCAGGUGUUCACAUUGAGCUGUCUCUGAAGAUGCAUUCUGGCAAACCCUUUUAGGAUGGGAAGUACUUACAGUGUGGGUGGUGCACAGGGUUUUUAAAUUUAGCCAGUGAGUGUGGCAUGUUUGUAUGAAAGAAGAAGGAAGAAGAAAGAGAUGUAAGUUAAAGGUGCCUUCUGAGAUUAUUGGUAUCAACCCAAGGGGAUCUGUAAGUGUCCCAUUUUGAAGAUGUACAUGAAAUAGAUUUGGCUUCUGAUUCUUUCUGUUUAUUCAUUGAGGAUGGUGCUACAUCGAUAAUAGAAUUUGAAAUCUCAUCUGGCUACUGUUAGGCAAGCUGAUUUCUCUAAUUAGAAUCUGCAUGCAACUUUUUUUUUUUUUUUUUUUUUUCCUCUCUGAAUUUGUAGUCUUGGGGUAUGUGUUUGCCUCCAUUCGCAGAACCUUUCUUGGUAAACAUGAUGCUGUUCCAGCAGAUGAUCUUCUUGCAGGAGCAGGGCCUGGGCUUUGGCACCCUCUGGCUCUUUUUUCGGCCUGGGCAGAAUGGAAAGCACAGUUGAGGGUGAAGCGGCUGCCUCAGCUUUGAGAAAUGUCAAGACUGGGAGUACAGAACCCUGGUAGACAGUCAUGCACUAUAUGCUUCUGAAGCUUCUCUAUGUGUAUUUAUUAGCCAGCAUAUCCAUAAACCUCAAUAAUCCAAUGCUCUCUGCCCCUUAAAGAUACUAGAGAUCUGCCGUUACAUUGUUGCAGUGUUAACUAUAACUUCUAUUUAUAGAGAAAGGAGUUCUAACUUUUACUGAGAUGUAAAGUUCAGAUGUAGUUUUGCUGCAUUUUUUUUCCCUCAUUUUGGCUGAAAAUUGAUCUAGACUGCAGGAAUGGAAUUUGUUAAUUUGUGAGCUGAUGAGUGCUCUUAACUUUAAAUAAUAAAACAAAAAAAUGGCUGCUAGAAUGUAA